GGAGGUUUUUAUACAUUGUUCCAUCUGAUCUGCGCUAACAUGGGUGUAGACUGGCCAAGCUUCUAGACUUGCUCGCUUGUGCGGAUUAGAUCGAGGGAAAUUCGAAACUCCUCAGCAAGACUGUAUGACAAAAUUAUGGUUGACUAUAUGCGUGCUAGAUAACAGACACUCUGCAGUUGUCGGUACUCAGCCGGAUUGCGACGCCAGAGCGAUAAUGCUUGAGAGGAUUAGUUUCACCCCUUAUCUUCCAGUUCACUUUGAUCUAUCCAUUGCUCAAAGACUGAAUUGUGUCAUGGAAGUUAUGUCAAAAUCAUCCGAACACCAAAUAAUCAAUGUCUCAGUCAUAAAAGGGCUAUCCAUUCAACUUGCAGCCAUAGCAAAACUUGGGCAAGAAACGAGGAAGUUUGAUCCACUAUGUUGUGGAAAUUCUUUGGUAUCUAUUUCAAGAUCAGUUGGUACACUGCAUCUAUUAUAUUGCCAUUGCACUCUUAUGGCUACCAUGCCGAUUCUGAUAGAAUUUGUCAAGAAACUUGUGAAUGAAGGUGACGAAUACCUUGAAUCACAAGAUGUACUUCUGGAAGCAACAUAUUCAAUGGUCCGAACUUCCGCUAAUGCUGCGAGCCUCAGCUUGAACAUACUUUAUGCACUACAUGAGCAGAGUCUUCUUGAGGUUUUUAUGUUCCGCGAUCUUGAAAUAUGUUUCUUAUCUGCACUCACACUGUUUCUUGCCAACACAAUAAUCCCGGAUGCCACGGAUCCAUACUUCAUCGACAUCGCAAAAUUGAUUCUGCAAGACAUGUCUCAAGCUGGAAACUAUCCAGCAGCCGCACUCCUUUAUGAGCUAGGGAAAUUAAGUGAAUCUAUAUUGAACCUGCGAAUAGCACCCCCCAUGCAUAGCGGGGAGAGCAGCGGAAGCAGCAAAGUCUCAAAAACUAUAACUAUUAUUCGGGACGGCCAACGUCUUAACGAAGCCAUUUUCAACGUGAUAAUAAUCAAUCCACGAUAUCAUCAUUCUUCGAGUCUAGAGACCGGAACUCUAACAGACUAUGCCUUUAAAACGGGAAAUCACCGAAAUUGCGAGCAUGAUUCUUUCUCUACAACGAGCCCUGCAGAGACAUUACGACAGGAGUUGUUUAAACAAACAGAGCCCGCUGAGUCUACGUUACCGAUGGCCAGUGUGUCUUACACACAAGAUCAAAUAUAUAUGCAUGAUUUCGAUCCUCUAGCGAGCUGGGUCACAUUCGAUAAUUCGGAUUUAGAGUGGUUAGACACUGUGCAAUAACAGUCUUUUGGUUUUGCCUUGGCGCUUCCUUGCUGACAUAUAUUACACCUAAACCCA